UAAAGUUCUCUGACAAAAUAUAUUAUAUUGAUAUUGUAUCUUGCCCGAUAAAACGGGGUUUUAGAGGAGAGCCCACAUCUCCAAGAAAGCGUGGAUCAGCAUUUUAAAAACAUUUUAGCUUGGCAACGAAGGGAUCGCUCAACACAGGCACUGUGAAAUGUGCUUAAAAUUAUGGUUACCCACAACUGAAGGGGUUGUGUCAAAAUCGUCAGAGGAAUCAUUGACCUUCAAGUAUGAGAUUGCCCUGAAAACAAAAUCAUUUGAGCAAUUCUCCGAGGAAGUCCGCAGGAAUAUUGAUGAUAAUCUCUCUCAGUCCCCUUUUGAUGUCAGAAAUUCCCUGCAACAAUUGCUUUUGCCUGAUGAGGAAUACAUUAAUACCCAUGUUCUUGAACUAUACAUUAACAAACCAGAGAUUCAGACAUUGCUGUCACAAUAUUUUAGCAAUACCCAGAAUGCUUUUGAGCUGUGUGCCGGCCUUCUCACAAACACCCACCACGCUAGGGUGAGUUACAGGGCCAUUCGAGAUAUAAAUUUCAGGCUGCAAUCUACAAAUCCUGAAUUUCAGGAAGAAGAAUGCCCUCGUAUUAGAGAAGAAUUCAAGAUGUUUAUUGAGCGGGAAAACCCAUUUGGGCAGGCUGCCGAUUUCGACGACAGGUGUAAUUCUUUGGAGCAAUUGAAUCAACUGCCGGAGUUGAGGCCUGAAAAUAAGCCUAUGUUUUUUUGGGUUGCACAAAAACAGAGCGCACAGCUGGUUGCCGCCGGCAGGGGGAUUUAUGUGUUGAAAAAUCACCUGAGAACCACUAGAAUGCUGGUUGCUCGGUUGUAUGAUGAAGUAGAGCACAUUAAAACUUUAAUGAGGAUUUGCCAUGCUAGAGAAAAUGAAGUUUACCCACUUCAACAAGUGGGAAUACUUUUGGAGAAAAAUGACACUAAGUUUGGGCGGACGUUGGAUGAAAUUGAAGAGCAGGGCUGCCUAUGUUUGCACAACAUCAACAGAGCAAGGAUGCUUCUUCUUCAAAUCCACCGUUAAACUCCCAUACAUAUGUCCGCCUCCUUCCUCAAAUAAUUUUCAGUUCUUGAUUUUUUCUCAACUUUUUUUAAUUUAAUUUCUUUCCUUUGAUUCUUAUACUCUUACAAAAGAGAAAUUGGUAUAGAUGUUUUUAGAUUUGACUAUAAAAUUGUGCAGUCAAACUCAGAAACAUCUCAUGCUAAUAUAUGAACUGUAAAAUUUUCAUCUCUGCAAAGACAAAUUAGUUUUAGUGUA